AAUUGCAUUUCGGGAAGAAGAAGCACAAUUAGUCAUAUAUAAAGAAAUAAAUAAUUUGUUUUGUCGAUUAAAGCAAAAUUCACCUUUAUGGUGCAAAUUAUCUACAAAAUAAAAGAAUAACAAGAGAGAUUGGCUAAGAAGUACAAAUUUGAAGCAAGUCUAUUAGUAGGCGCUGAAAAAUCCAUAACAAUGGUUGGAAUUAUUGACGAGGCGCAGCUGUUCUAUCCAAUAGGUACACGGAUCAAAAUUGGCAAUAAUUAUGGUACCGUCAAAUAUGUGGGAGAGGUAUGCGGCCAUCUGGGUACUUGGUUGGGCAUCGAGUGGGAUGAUGGCAUCCGCGGUAAGCACAAUGGUAUUGUGGAUGGAAAACGUUACUUCCAAACGCAGCAUCCCACGGCGGGCAGCUUCAUAAGGCCGGGCAAACUUGGGCCGUGCGCUACACUGGAGGAUACUGCGCGUGAACGCUAUUUGAACUACAACUCCAACAACUUGGAUGCAGCGCUAAUGCGCGAGGCGCAAGCCAGCAUACAGGCAUCGUUGUUUGAAGUUGUUGGUAUGGACAAGAUUGCGCGCAAGCAGAGCAAGUUCGAACAAUUGUCAGAGGUGAGCGUCGACGACACGCCUGUGAAUGCAUCGGGGUACCUGAAAGAUUUCACGCAACUGACGACGCUGAAUGUAAGCCACACGUUGAUUUGGAACUGGGAAAUUGUAGCCACCAUCACCAAACAGCUGCCCACGCUGAGAAAUUUGAAUUUGAGCGCCAAUCGCUUGGUCUUGCCCACGGAGAAGCAAAUUACUGAACUGGAGUCAGCCUUUCGGAAUUUGAAGCAUAUCAAUUUGCGGGACUGUGGCUACACCGACUGGCAAACUGUCAUGCAAACGGCCUUGCUGUGGCCAGACAUUCAUUCGCUAAGCCUGCAGGAAAACGCGUUAAGUCAGCUGGUUGAAGUGGAUUGCAAUCGAAUCUUUAGACAACUGCGCGAAUUGGACUUGCAUCGUACAAAAGUAAUGGACUUUGAUCAGGUGUGCAAGCUGGGCAACAUCAAGACAUUGCGUUCGUUGAAUCUCAUGGAGAACGGUAUUGAGGAGCUAAAACUUCCCGAUUGUGAGCCACAUGAUAAGCUUGGCAUAUUUGUAUCGUUGGAGCAACUAAAUCUGUUAAACAAUCCUAUUUGGAAUGAAGCGGCUGCAUUCAAUGAACUAGACAAAUUGCCUCAAUUACGGCGCCUCAGCAAGACUCCACAUUUAAAAUCGAAUUUUGCUGAAAUGUUCUCAAAGGCUGUAGCCAGCAUUUCUAGCUUACAAAAUAUCAACAGGGCAAAAGUGUCAGAUGAGGAGCGACGAGGUGCGGAGUACGACAUUUGGAAACAGUAUGCCCUAGAUUGGCUACAGGCGCAGCAGCUUGGGUCAGAUGCGUUGCGGGAGUUUUACAAAAAACAUCGCACAUAUUCGUUGCUUGUGAAAAAGUAUGGGUCUCCAGCCGAUUUUGUGCCUCGCACCCAAGCCAAACAGUCCAAUCUCAUCAAAAUUCGCAUUAAAUAUAAAAAAACUGGUGAAAUAUGGGAAAAAAAAGUACCGCGAAUGAUUACUGUACAAACCUUGCAAGGAUUAGUUAUAAAACACUUUCACAUGGCGCAAAGGAAAGCCCAACUGUGUUAUUUAAAUGGUAAAAAUCCCGACUUGGUAGUGCCUUUGGACAAUAAUGCUAAAACUUUGGAUUUUUAUUCGCUACAAGAGCAAGACACAGUUUUAGUGGAAUAAUCCAGCGAACACAGUAUUUUAAAAUGUACCGCAUUGGUCGCAUUUUGCGUUUUUUAAUUCUAGUAUUUUAGGCUCAAUAUUAACAAAAUUCGGAAAAGUGCAAGCUACAUUAUGUUUUGGCAACUGCUACGGUGAUUUCAUUAAAAUUAAAAUCGUUGUUAGCACUUACAUAAAUGCUGACAUUCACAUAUUAAUACA